GCACUGCGAGGCGGGCCGCAGGGAGGGAGGCGCGAAGAGGGCGCGAGGGUAGCAGCCAGAGGGAGCCGCCAGCCCUGCCUGCGGAUCCCCGCGGGGCGCAUGGGGCGCUUCGAGCAGGGACUGCAUACGGGCCCCGAGGCCAGUUUCCUGCUGUCGUAAGAAGCCGCUCCAGGACGACCCCCGGACCCCGAGCUGCUGGGAGGAUGACCAUGGCUGGGGGCAGGAGGGGACUGGUGGCCCCUCAAAACACGUUUCUGGAGAAUAUUGUCCGGCGGUCCAAUGAUACUAAUUUUGUGUUGGGGAAUGCUCAGAUAGUGGACUGGCCUAUUGUGUACAGCAAUGAUGGAUUUUGCAAGCUGUCUGGCUAUCACAGGGCAGAAGUGAUGCAAAAAAGCAGCACCUGCAGUUUUAUGUAUGGGGAGCUGACUGAUAAAGACACGAUUGAAAAAGUGCGGCAAACAUUUGAGAACUAUGAGAUGAAUUCUUUUGAAAUUCUUAUGUACAAGAAGAACAGGACACCUGUGUGGUUCUUUGUGAAAAUUGCUCCAAUUCGAAACGAACAGGAUAAAGUGGUUUUAUUUCUUUGCACUUUCAGUGACAUAACAGCUUUCAAACAGCCAAUUGAGGAUGAUUCAUGUAAAGGCUGGGGGAAGUUUGCUCGGCUGACAAGAGCACUGACAAGCAGCAGGGGUGUCCUGCAGCAGCUGGCUCCAAGCGUGCAAAAAGGCGAGAAUGUCCACAAGCACUCCCGCCUGGCAGAGGUCCUACAGCUGGGCUCAGACAUCCUUCCCCAGUACAAGCAAGAGGCACCAAAGACUCCCCCUCACAUCAUCUUACAUUAUUGUGUUUUUAAGACCACGUGGGAUUGGAUCAUCUUGAUCUUGACCUUCUAUACAGCCAUCUUGGUCCCUUAUAAUGUCUCCUUCAAAACCAGGCAGAACAAUGUGGCCUGGCUGGUUGUAGAUAGCAUCGUGGAUGUUAUCUUUUUGGUGGACAUUGUGCUCAAUUUUCAUACCACCUUUGUUGGACCAGCAGGGGAGGUGAUUUCUGACCCCAAACUUAUCCGCAUGAACUACCUGAAGACGUGGUUUGUGAUUGACCUUCUGUCCUGUUUGCCAUAUGAUGUCAUCAACGCUUUUGAGAACGUGGAUGAGGUUAGUGCCUUUAUGGGUGAUCCAGGGAAGAUUGGUUUUGCUGAUCAGAUUCCACCACCACUGGAGGGGAGAGAGAGUCAGGGCAUCAGCAGCCUGUUCAGCUCUCUAAAAGUUGUCCGGCUGCUCCGUCUUGGGCGAGUGGCCCGUAAGCUGGACCACUACAUUGAAUAUGGAGCUGCUGUGCUGGUCCUGCUGGUGUGUGUGUUUGGGCUGGCGGCACACUGGAUGGCCUGCAUCUGGUACAGCAUUGGGGACUAUGAGAUCUUUGACGAGGACACCAAGACAAUCCGCAACAACAGCUGGCUGUACCAACUAGCGAUGGACAUUGGCACCCCUUACCAGUUUAAUGGGUCUGGCUCAGGGAAGUGGGAAGGUGGUCCCAGCAAGAAUUCUGUCUACAUCUCCUCGUUGUAUUUCACAAUGACCAGCCUCACCAGUGUGGGCUUUGGGAACAUCGCCCCAUCCACAGACAUUGAGAAGAUCUUUGCAGUGGCCAUCAUGAUGAUUGGCUCACUUCUCUAUGCCACCAUCUUCGGGAAUGUGACGACCAUUUUCCAACAGAUGUAUGCCAACACCAACAGAUACCAUGAGAUGCUCAACAGUGUUCGGGACUUCCUGAAGCUCUACCAGGUGCCAAAAGGAUUGAGUGAGCGAGUAAUGGAUUAUAUUGUGUCCACUUGGUCCAUGUCCAGAGGCAUCGACACAGAGAAGGUCCUGCAGAUCUGCCCCAAGGACAUGAGAGCCGACAUCUGCGUGCACCUGAACCGCAAGGUGUUCAAGGAGCACCCGGCCUUCCGGCUGGCCAGUGAUGGCUGCCUCCGGGCACUGGCCAUGGAGUUCCAGACGGUGCACUGUGCCCCAGGGGACCUCAUCUACCAUGCAGGAGAGAGCGUUGACAGCCUCUGCUUUGUGGUUUCUGGCUCCCUGGAGGUGAUCCAAGAUGAUGAGGUGGUGGCCAUCCUAGGAAAAGGAGACGUGUUUGGAGAUGUGUUCUGGAAGGAAGCCACCCUUGCCCAGUCCUGUGCCAAUGUUAGGGCCUUGACCUACUGUGAUCUGCAUGUGAUCAAGCGGGAUGCCCUGCAGAAAGUGCUGGAAUUCUACACGGCCUUCUCCCAUUCCUUCUCCCGGAACCUGAUUCUGACGUACAACUUGAGGAAGAGGAUUGUGUUCCGGAAGAUCAGCGACGUGAAACGUGAAGAGGAAGAGCGCAUGAAACGAAAGAAUGAGGCCCCCCUGAUCUUGCCCCCGGAUCACCCUGUCCGGCGCCUCUUCCAGAGAUUCCGACAGCAGAAAGAGGCCAGGCUGGCGGCUGAGAGAGGGGGCCGGGACCUGGAUGACCUAGAUGUGGAGAAGGGCAAUGUCCUCACAGAGCACGCCUCCGCCAAUCACAGCCUUGUGAAGGCCAGUGUGGUCACCGUGCGUGAGAGUCCUGCCACGCCCGUAUCCUUCCAGGCAGCCUCCACCUCCGGGGUGCCAGACCACGCAAAACUACAGGCGCCAGGGUCUGAGUGCCUGGGCCCCAAGGGGGGCGGGGGCGAUUGUGCCAAGCGCAAAGGCUGGGCCCGCUUCAAAGAUGCUUGUGGGAAGAGUGAGGACUGGAACAAGGUGUCCAAGGCUGAGUCGAUGGAGACACUUCCCGAGAGGACAAAAGCGUCAGGCGAGGCCACACUGAAGAAGACAGACUCGUGUGACAGUGGCAUCACCAAGAGCGACCUGCGCCUGGACAACGUGGGUGAGGCUAGGAGUCCCCAGGAUCGGAGUCCCAUCCUGGCAGAGGUCAAGCAUUCGUUCUACCCCAUCCCUGAGCAGACGCUGCAGGCCACAGUCCUGGAGGUGAGGCACGAGCUGAAGGAGGACAUCAAGGCCUUAAACGCCAAAAUGACCAAUAUUGAGAAACAGCUCUCUGAGAUACUCAGGAUAUUAACUUCCAGAAGAUCCUCUCAGUCUCCUCAGGAGCUGUUUGAAAUAUCGAGGCCACAGUCCCCAGAAUCGGAGAGAGACAUUUUUGGAGCCAGCUGAGAGGUCUAUUUAAAAAAAAGUCAGAGACAGACACCUACAACCCUGCCGUCACCACCACCCCUACCACAUAUGUCCACAUGAUCAACAAUUUUCAAGUCGGCUUUUCCUAACAGAAAAAGUGGGGCCAGUGGCUUAGACGCACUCUUUCUCUAUCUGGAAAAAGAUAUGGGAAGGGUAGCGUGCCCCUACCCUGCAAGGUGGCAGCUGCAUCUGACCGUCUUUGCACAAUUUUGGAAGAAGGGACAUGCUGUCUAAAGGGUAUUUUCCUUCAUUUUUAAUUUUUUACUACCAUGAUAUUUGUAAAAGAUUAAAACUACCAGAACAGAGCAGCAGCCAUCUGGGGACUGGUGGGAAAGUGCCGAGAACCUCUCAUGUAUAUACCACGCUGGGCUCCUUUGCCAAGACCCCCCCCCCCCACGGACUGUGGUGGGCCAAGGACUUCCCGGCAUCCCCGUCCUUGUACAGCCCGUGUCUGACGUCACCAUGUUUUCCUGUAGUUGUCAUUUGUAACUAGCUCGGGACAAGCGGAGCUUGAGGGACAGGAGGGUAGAGCCCAGAAACUUUCUGUCUUAUGGUUAAGGCCAGAAAAGCAGCUGCAGGUGUGGUGCAUGCCUCCCAUAGACACUUGGAGCUGGGAAUCCUCAGGUCUCCUUUCCCAAAGGAGGUGAAACAAGGGUAAGAGCUGGAGAGGGGCCCUUAGGAUCCAGGGGUUCUCUGCAGUGCGGCCCAUAGCCUGCUUCUCUGGGACAGUUGACAGGGAGGGCUCUGGAGAGCCCAGCUGAGCCUCUAGCCCUGCUCCAUGCCACUGGCCUCACACACAGGCUCACUUGCUUCUGUUCCUUCUUGGCCUCUUCCGAAGUGUCCCCGUGGCAUUCCUCAGGGUGCGGAGCAUCGGCAGGAAGGGUCAUGAGCCCAGAGUUGCUUUAUUAACAAAGCAGACACACAGACACACACAACCUCAGAACUGUAGCAAGUGCUAUGUUUAUACUUUGAUUCUUAUUGGGAUUGCCCUGCAGACCUUUGUAUUUUGUUCACUGCACGGGGUCAUUAUAGGCACUUGGGAGCCAUGCUGGGCCUUAUUUUAAAGCCAGUCUCUCUAUUUCCUACGAAAGUCAGUAGGAUUUCAAGAGAAAAUGGAAAAAGAUUGCAGGAUCAUGAUUGUACUCUCUUCAGGAGCUGGAAAGAGAAUGAAGCAGUGAGUUUCCAGCUAUCUCUGUAAGGUGAUGGAGAGAAGUGGCCUUGGAGCUGUGGCUCCCAGUGAUGGUCACAGAGCUGCGUAUGGGCCAUCUGAGCCCCUAUGCCACGAUGCUCGGGGACACUUCACUGCCUCGUGGUCACCUAAGUCAGGUUAUUCAUGUGCUUGGGCUUCUCUCAAUGGCAUCUGAGAAAGGAAAGGAGAGAAGUCUCUUCCAGGCACAGUGGAGCUGGCCGGGGCAUAUGCCCUAGAGAGAGGUGUCAGGACCCCAAAUACUGACAAGCAAGGUUAGAAGUUCAGCUCUGAAAAGUCAACUUGGAGGGAAUGGAAUUAGGAGUACAGGUGACAGCAUGGACUUAUCCAGGGAGCUUACCUUUGCCUGUGUUAGACAGUGACCCCAUCCCUGGUACCUCUGCCCUACCAAAGAUACUCAGUGUUUCUGAGAGCCUCUGGUCUGAGCCUGCCCACCACCCCACCCCACCCCACCUCCUUAGUCCUGCCCAGUGCUCACGGUGAGUCCCAGGGCUGGGCCCUCGGUUGUCUGUGCAAGGCAGGGCUGACCUCUCAUGGUUCGCAGGGUUGGCACAGAUGGCCCUGGGAAGACAGGGCCUGCGAGCUCAAGGGAGAGUCCUACUCCAUGAGCCCUAACCUCAUAUGUAGCUUCUCACAUCAGGCUUACAGGGGCUGCCCCUGGCUUCUCCAGGUUGCGACAUAAUUAGAUUUAGCCUCAGAUGGCGGCAUACAAGAGGAAGUCUAAUUUCCUAAGGCCGAGUCACAACUAUUUGUGACUUUGGAUAAAGCUGUGAGGCCUUCAGCCUCUUUCACUUGAUAAGCUGCCAACCAGUCCUUGGGUAAGAGGCUGUAAAAUAUCUGGAAUCCCAUCUGUUGGCUGCCCCCUAACAUUCUAGUCUGCCAUUUCUCAAACAUCCUCCUCAACCUGCUUCUGAAGUUUAGGACCCACCACUUUUAAGGCAGGGCAAGCCUCUAAUCACACCCAAAACCCAGCCUCAGAAGAACCUGCCACUGGAGACACUUUUUUGCCUCCCAGCCUUCCAGGGACUUGAUUACAGGCUUCUUGUCUGGCACCCCACAGUCAAUGUCAAGAGGCCCUGCCACUUCCCUCCAGCUCUGCCUGAGAGAGACAGAUGUCCAUCUAUCUCUCAGACCUCUGGGUAUGAGGGGCAAAGAUGGUGUAAGGCUUUGAAGUCCAGACAUGUUCUGGGGGGGAAAUGUAGCUUUAGGAAUGCACUCCUGAAUCAGUGCAAACUGGGCUCAUGACCGGAAGCCAGCUCCUGCAGCAGGAAUCUGUUCAUCUUGGGGUCACAGGUGCACGUGUGGGUGCAUGGGCUUUAUUCUCCUGUAAUCCUCCCUAGGAUUUGAGGGAUUUUUUGCUGUAAUUGUUUUCUCUGAAAAAACAUUAUAUAAAUGAGCCAAACCUUUCU